AAUCUCACCACACCCCAAACCCUAAUAUAUUUACCGUCUUCCACUCCAGUGAACGACCGCCUCCCACCUCCUUUUAUCUCUCCGUUACCCGUCGAGCUCCAGCGAGACAUCAUUCUCUUGCCCUUUUCCCGGAGCCACUUCCCAUCUCCUUCGCAGCUGAUCCUCCCCAUCUUCAUCUCCUCGCCGUCGAGAACAAAUCUCCACACCUCCGUCUUCUAUCUUCCAUCUGUCUCCCCAUCCAUUUCAUACACGAAUAAUUACUCAUUUACACACCAAUAGUUAAUACUACCCGAUCACUAUCAUAUUUCAUUGUUGUGUUCUCUUAUUUGCUGGUUCGUGUUCGAGUGUGAGUUGGACCAGGGAUCCGUGAUGACUAUAGCCGAGGGAAGCCUUUACAGAGGUCAAUCACGGAGAGAGAAACCUAGAGGACGUAAUCAGGGGUUAACUCAACAGAAAAGGCAAGAAAUAAGAGAGGCUUUUGAGCUUUUUGAUACAGACAACUCUGGAACCAUUGAUGCCAAAGAACUCAAUGUUGCUAUGAGGGCUCUGGGUUUUGAAGCAACUGAAGAGGAGAUCAAUCAAAUGAUUGCAGAAGUUGAUAAGGAUGGCAGUGGUGCAAUUGAUUUUGAUGAAUUUGUGCACAUGAUGACUGCCAAGUUUGGAGAAAGGGACACUAAAGAAGAGCUCAUGAAGGCAUUUCACAUUAUUGAUCAAGAUAAAAAUGGGAAAAUCUCUUUUGCGGACAUUCAAAGAAUCGCUGAUGAGUUGGGGGAGCGAUUUACUGACAGAGAAAUCCAGGAAAUGAUAGAAGAGGCAGAUCGUGAUCGUGAUGGAGAGGUUAACGUUGAAGACUACAUGAGAAUGAUGAGGAGAACCAAUUUCGGGCAUUAAGGAGUUUCAUUACUGCACCAGAUAAAUCGGAGGAUAUAUAUUUACCAACUCUAAUAUAUUAUAAUUAUUUUGUGGAUCAAAAUGGACGACCAGUCUGUAGUCUGUACCCAGUUAAUUAUGGAAUGUGUAUUAUCUAAGUUUGUAAGCAAGCAACUACUACGUCUUGUUUGACAUAAUUGUGUAUGGGAAAAAUUGUAUGAAAUAGCAAAUAUUUAAUUCGGAUUAAAUGCCAUAGCUACAAUUCAACUGUA